AAUUUAUUUUGUCAUAUCAUUGUGGUAGUCAGCUGUCACAGAAAAUUAUUUCUGGAAAAACAUAAACAGGCAAAAUUUCCCGUUUCCGCAGUUAGCAAGCUCAAACCCGAAGCAAACCAUACAGGAAACCAUCAGCACCUCCUCCGACCACAAUGAACUGGCACACGGGCAACAUAGCCGAGGCGGUGGCCGAAUCAAAGAUCAAAAAUGCAGUUUUCGUUGUAUUCAUAGAGGGCCAGGAUGAGAUGUCUAGCAAACUGGAGCGGUUCGUUGAUGAUAUUCGGGUGCGUUCCCUCCUGGAGACCCCCGACUUUGUGGCCAUCAAGGUCCAGGGAAAUAGCUCCGCCUAUGGACAGUUUAUGUCGCUCUAUAAAGUGGUUCCGAUUCCUUCGCUUUUCUUCAUUGGAAAAACCGGAACUCCUUUGGAAAUAGCUACAGGAGUCACUGCCAGUGUCGAGGAAUUGGUGGCCAAAAUAGACAAAGUGCUCAUCCUGGCGGGCAAGAAAGCAGCUGAGACUCCAGCUACCAGCACUUCUGCCUUGCCAGCCGAAAUUCCAUGCAGCACAGCAAGGAGCUUUGCAGGAGCCGAUGAUUCCACCAGUUUGAGCAAUGCGACCCAACAGGAACAGCCCACGACAGAUAUUCAAACUGAAAAUGCCACUUCUGUUUCAAAGUCAAAUACCGAGGAAGUCGAUGAAUCUCCCAAGGAAGUGGGUGGAGCGUCCAGUUCUGCCGAAGCUGUCUCCAGUCAAGAUCAGCCAAGUGAGGAGUCUGAAGCGAGUUACCGAGACGCGAAUCUGGCAACUCCCAGUUAUGUAACCGCCAGGUCCUCGCGUUCCAGCGUUACCGAAUCAUCCUCACCAUCUGCGGAAAGCAAGGGCAAUACCCCUGCUGCAGAGGCUGCGGUGAAAAGAGCAGCAGCAGCCGCUGUCGCCGCAGCAUCUACAGAGGAAAGCAGCUUAGACGAGGGUCUUCCCCCUAACGCUGGGCCAUCGGUUCGAAACCUGGCCAACGCCUUAUUGCCCACUGUGCCGCUGCUAUCCGCCGCUGUCCCAGUCACAGCUCAGGCAAAUACUACACCUACCACAUCAACUACCAGCGAUUCUGAGGCGCGGAUGGCGGAGGUGCAAAAGCUCUUGGAAGAGAAGCGCAAGGAGCGGAUGGAGGAGGAGCGUCGUCGGGAGAAGGAGAACGAGCUAAGGCGGCGACGGGAGGGCAGAGAGGCUCUGGCUCAGCAGCAGCUGGCUAAGGAGCAAGAGCUCAAGAAUAUGCAGGAACGUAUUCGUCGCGAACGGCAAGAGGAGAUGGAGGCCCGGGAACGGAUUAAGGCCCAGAUCGCUGCCGAUCGAGCAGAGCAGGCGCGACGCGUCACUAUCUCGCCGGAACCGGUACAUGCUGCUCCGUCUACUGUCUCAGUGACGCCAGACUCUUCAGUGAGCUCUGUGGACGAGGCGCGGCUACAGAUUCGUUUACCCGGAGGCAUCCAUCAUACCAAAACGUUCCCAGCCGCCGAGGUGCUGGCCACCGUACGCGUCUAUGUGAGGAACGAGAUGCUGGCAGGAAGCGAUGGUCGGGACUUUACGCUGGCUACAAACUAUCCUCGCCGAGAGUUCCAAGCAGAGGACGAAGUCAAGACGCUGAUUGAACUGAAUCUCGUUCCCAGCGCAGUGGUCUUGGUGUUGACCAAGGACAACUCGAACCGUGUGGUGCGCAGUGGCGGCUCUCUGAUGACCAUGCUGGCCACUGUGGUGUGGGCCAUGCUGACCCCAGCAGCCAAGGCGUUCGAGUACAUUAACAAGAUGGGUCUGCGGCCGCUCUCUCAGAAGAUAUCUUCAAUAAUAGCCAACAUCCGAUGGCCAGGACAACAGGUCGAAGUUAUGGAUGUUAUUCAGAAUCCAGCCGCCCGUCGCAACAUGGAUAUGUAUUCUUUGAGACCAAGCCAACCACCAGGCUUCAUCUACCAGGAGCCCCACGAAGCGUCAGCGACUCACUCAUCCACACCCGCGCCAGAAACUACCGAAGGUACCGGAGCUGACGGGAAGAGCGUUCCGCAACCACAGCCGGGUCCCGGCCGGGCACCACAAACGCAGAGCACCAGCCAGGCUCAUUCCACGUCACAGCGCCAAAGUGCUGAGUUUCAACAGCGGCCAGGCGGAUAUCGGUAUGGCGGCGCCAACAUUCGACGAUUGCAAGACACCCAGAAGGAAGACAAUGACAAGGAUAAGGCCACCUACAAUGGCAAUUCCACGCAGCAGCAAUAGGACGGCCCCAGUGCCGUCAGUCUCUAGAUAUCAACUUAAAUAAUCUGUUAUCUUAAAUUUAAUUAAAACUAUUCAACCAUAUUCCAAAA